GAAUAGCUUCGAAGAUCAGAAAAUCUCUUUUUCUCCACAUUUGUCCAAGCUCAGUCCCUCCGUCAAAGCAAAGUUCUGUACUUAAACAAGAAUGUCAAGAAAGAAUUCCCAAAGCCCCCUGAAAGGCCAUCAUGGACCUGGAAAGAGAGUUAAGAGACAAUCUGAUGUUGGUAAACUGAAAGCUAUCAGACAAGAACUGUCAGAAGUCUCAUUUGGCGAGCUACAGAAAUUGCAAGAGAAAAUUGGAUCCAAAAAGUAUCAUGAAGCUCUAUUUGGCAAACAAAAGGAGAAAUCCCAGGAAGCAUCUAAACCAUUUAAACGAGCAAAUAAGAACAGACCACGUGAACAGUCCUCUAAGAAGCAAGUGACAAGAUACAGGAAUGUGGUAGAAGUCAAGAAACAGAUGGCCAGAGAUCCUCGGUUCGAUGACUUAUCAGGAGAUUUCAGGGAAGAAACAUUUGACAAGAAUUAUGAGUUUCUCUCUGAUAUCAAGGAAAGAGAAAAACAGGAAUUGGAGAAGUCCAUGAAACAAACAAAGGAUCCGCAGAAACAACUCAAGAUUCAAAGAUACCUCUAUAAAAUGGAACAACAAGAAAGGGCAAAGAACAAGAAGGAUACUGCCAAGGAGUUGGAAAAGAAGUACAUGAAAAAAGAGAAGGAUCUUGUGAAACAAGGGAAGAAACCUUUCUUCCUCAAGAAAUCUGACAAGAAGAAGUUGGAGCUAGCAGAGAAGUUUAAAGCAUUGAAGAGCAGUGGGAAGGUGGAUAACUACCUCGCAAAACGGCGGAAGAAAAACGCCCAGAAGGACCGGAAGAAGAUGCCAUCCCUUGUUCAUGAUGAGAGCUGAGUGUAAAAGAACAAAAUGAUGUGUGAACUAUGUGUGUGCAUGUCCGACGAUGCUGCUCAUCUAGCUCUGUUAGGAGAAGGAGGAAGUGAGGUCUCUGAUCAUUACACAUGCUACAUGUCGGAGAACUAUCAAAGGACUAGGGAGGCAAAGAGUGAUAAAGUGCUGACAUUCACUCCAUAUUAAUACACCAAGUGCAAGACUGAGAUAUGGAGUGCACUUUGAAGACGCUGAAAAUUUUAUGAGAUUUCAGAAUUGUUGCAUUGGCAACACGUCCAAGUCAUUUGAACUUGAUUCAACGCCUCACUCUCCUUAGCUUUGCAAUCAAACUGGUGAAGUUGUUACGUCACUGGACUAUGGAUCGAAUGGUCCGAGGUUUGAGUCCUAGGUGUUGCACUCCUGUUGUUUCCAAAACAUCAACAUACAUUGCCACUUCAAUCUAGGUGUAGUAAAUGAGUACCUGGUAAUUCUGUUAAUGCUUUCAACACCUUAGGGCAGCUCUGAUGAAGCCAGGGUGAUAGGAGUGUUACUUUGUCUCUCAUGCAACCAAAACAUACCACUUCAAGUACCUAUUAAAUAACAUAUUAUAUUAACUAACUUUAUACCACUUUAUUACUAGUAAUUCUGUCACUUUAUUGUAAUAUUGUAAUUUGUUAUUAUUGUAUCGUAAUUAUACAAAUCUCCUGUGAAUAUUGUAAUUCUAUUUAAUCUAUUUUAAUAAAACACAAAAUUAAAAAUACAAAAUUAAGCCACUUUACAACCAUCCCCAUACAAGCACAUGGACAUUUUUAUUUGUGCUCAUUUUUAUUUUGUAAACAUUUGACACACAAAUACUAAGUAUAACAAAUACUUACUACUUUCCUUUCUAAAUAACUCAAAAAAAAUGCACAUAUUAUUUAACACAUAAUCACACACGUAUUAACUAAAUAUAGUAUGCAUUUUGCAAUUUUAUAAACAUACCUUACUUGCACAUUCUGUUCACAAAUCAUCACAAUUUCUCAUCAAUUACGAAAAGCAAACUUCUGCAUAAAGCCAACAAAAUAAUAUUUUCUUAUUAAAAUCCUUUAUCAAAUCGUAACAGAGACCAAAACAAAUUAUGCAUGAUAAAUAGAUCCUUUUAUAAAGACAGACCACCUCAUUCUUCAAGUGACAAAUUCAUUUCUUAUUUAUUAUAAAAUGGGUUCUAGAUGUAGCCAAUUUGUUCAAAUGACAUGGCUGUGUGCUUUCUUUGCUCCGACACCUGCAUGCAAAAGAGUUUCCAUAGAAAAUGAUAAUACAUGGCAGACAUAUGCGUAUACGUACGCUUUAUGUGUAUCACUGGCGAGUUCAAAGUAAUAACGUGAUGUAAUGCAUGUAGUUUCAUAUGGCAAGGACAUUGAUGCACACAAUGAGAGGAGUUUGAUACAUUUGGCUGUGCUUAUGUGAUGUCAUUCAAUAAAGCAAAUGUUCACAUCUAUGACUGUGCAACUCUUAUCAUUAUGA